AUGCACCCAGGCGAGAACGUCGAUAUCGACAGCCUGAUCAGCGCUAUUCCACCCUUUGACGAAUAUCGGAUCAAUGGGCGCUUCCAAUCCUCGGGGUCAAAGCUGCCUCAAUCCACCUUCGCGACUGGGAUGGAGUCAACACCUUCAGAAUGUUCAGACGAAUCAGAGCCAGAGGAUCUCUCCCAUAUAGCUCUAGCCGAGGAUCUGAAGAAACUUCAUUCGCUCGCUACAGUCAAUCGAUAUUUUGGGCCAGCUAGCGCUUUCAUGUUUUUGAGACACGUUACGAUUAUUAGAAGUCAAAUCACAGGCGAGAACUUCACAGGUCCAGAUCCGAAAAAAUACAGAAGGCAUAUUUAUUGGGAAGCUAGAUCAUGGGAAAUGUCCUUUGUUACUUCAUCGGAAUUGGAAACUUGUUACGUUUUUCCUGAUGAUGACCUUCUUCAAGAAUUAGUGGCACUAUAUUUUGAGAAAACCAACACCCUUAUUCCCGUGCUACAUCGACCCUCCUUCAUGAAAUUACUUUCAGUGGGACAGCAUCGAUGGGACCCAUCUUUUGGAAUGAUUGUUCUUUUGGUUUGUGCCAUUGGAGCGAGAUACUCACGGGAUCCUCGCGUAGCGGUCCCUGAUGAUGAUUCUGGCCUGUCAGCUGGCUGGCAGUACUUCUCCCAGGUUCCGGUGCAUCGGAAAAUGAUGCUCUUCAGAACAACAAUUCACGAUUUACAAUACUACUGCCUUGCGCCCAUAUAUCUGCUAGGAACUGGCAUCCCCCAUGUAGGCUGGAUUCUGGUGGGUGUGGGCCUCAGAUUGGCGGUGGAGAAAGGUGCACACCGUCGUCAUGGAGCAAACCGAAGUCCAUCAGCCGAGACUGAGUUGCAAAAAAGAGCCUUUUGGGGUCUUAUUUGCCUUGAUCGUGUCGGAAGCGCAUUCUUUGGACGUCCGCUUGGGUUUCCAGAUGAAACGAUCGACGUGGAAUACCCUAUUGAAUGUGAUGAUGAAUACUGGGACGCUGAGGAGCCAUUCCGUCAGCCUGAAGGGAAACCUUCUUUGGUUACUGCCUUUAUUCACUUUAUCAAGAUCUGCGAAAUCAUGGGGAAUGUGCUCAAGACCCUUUACUCAGAGAAAAAGUCGAAAUUUCUUCCAAGCUUUGUUGGGAAAGAGUGGGAGGAAAAGGUAAUUACAGAACUUGACUCGUCUAUGAACAAGUGGAAGAACAAUUUACCUGAUCACUUGCAAUGGGAUCCCGAUAGAAAGGAUGCCGACUUCUUCCAUCAAUCCGUGAAUCUUCACUGUAUGUAUCAUUAUGUUCAGAUGCAGAUUCACCGCCCUGCCCUUUUGAAAAAAUCUCCAUUGGGGUUCUCUUCCCUAACCAUGUGCUCAAUUGCUGCCCGAUCGUGCGCUCGUGUCGUUGAGGCAGGCCUUCGAAGAGGCCUGCGAAUCCUGCCUUGUACAUUGGUUUCGACUUUUACAGCAGGAGUCGUCAUAAUUCUAGGACUAUGGGGUGGUCCUUCUCUAGGUUAUGUUGGAAAUGCUGAAGAGGAUACAGAAUGUCUGCAUAAGUGCGCCAACGUCUUGAAAGGAACAGAAGACAGAUGGCAUUGUUCUGGCAGAUUAUGUGAUAUGCUGAAUGAAGCGGCGUCAAUGACCGAGUACAAGCCGUCUCAAAGACGUGACAUGUCAGAGGCAGAUGACAUAUCUAUACCUCAGAUUCCCAUGUCGAACCUAAACUUGGACAAGGUGCCCCAACCAACUGUCAAAGACAACGCUUAUAUAUUCGAAGACAAUAAUGGGUCAACAAUGAAGGGCUGGGACCUCCAAAGACUACUGCUGUCAGAGAUGGGAUAUUUACCGGGAAAUAUCAUGGAGGGUAUUGAAGAAAUCCCCGUUUCGACUGGUUAUGCCGACCAAUUCGCCCACGCAGGAGUUGCAAGCGGUGUUAGCGGUGUACCACAUAUCAGUCCUGAAGCCAGUAUAGCUGGACUAUGGAACGGGCACUCUAAUUCUUCCCAAUGGCUAUCGCAAGAGUGGAGUGCUUACUUUGACAGUAUGAGUCAAUCCUGA